UGCUGGCCCGCUAGUUCAUUGCGUCGGCGCGGGCGCCCCCUACCCAAUCAUCUUGGCCCAGAAGGAGGGCGCCGUGGCCCGCCGGCCACCCGCCCCAUCGGCAGCCCUGAAGCCGGCUCGGGGCCUUUGGGCGGCUACGUGGUAGCGGCGGCCCGCCGGGCGCAGGCGAUGUGUGCCAUUGGUUUGAUGGCGCCGCCCUUGUGUGUGGUGCGCGGGUGUACCAGCCGCGCCGCCCUUUAUAUGUUUCUUUCCUGUGGAACGCGAGGCAGUGGCCCGGCGUUUCUCACCGCCCGCCUGUGCACAGUAGAAUUUGUCGAGCC